AUGGUACUUAGGUCGCUGUGAAGACUUGGAAGAGCAGCUUCCAGGCUCAAUUGUAGUGCUUCUCAUCAUACAAAAUCUUUGUCCUUCCUGUCUUGUCAAGCGAGAAUGCUCUCUUUUCGACCAAUAAGAUUUUUUGUUUCGCAAUCCAAUACUAUUGAAUCACUUCAAAUAAGAGUAGCCCAGCUAGAGAAAGAGCAAGGAGAUAAUAGCUUAAGCCUAAUAAGCCUCUAUGAUCAGCUUGGAAAUGCCUUUAUAGGCAUGGGAGACUCAAUAAUAGCAGCCACAUAUUUUGAAAAUGCUAUAAAAAUCAUUGAAAAACAGCAACAAAGAGAUCUCGAUAGCCUUAAAACUAGAUACAUAGAUCUAGGCUCUAUGUAUCUAGAGAUAAAAGAUGCAGGGAAAGCUCUCAAAUUUUUUGAAAAAUCGUUACAAUUAGCCAAAGAAAUGCAAGGAGAUAAUAGUAAAGAAAUUGCUAUAGCCCUAAAUUAUUUAUCAGUGGCUCAUAAGCUUAACACCGACGAUGAAAAAUAUAAUGAAUGCUUAGAUCUAGCUUUACCUUACAUGCAAAAAAAUAUUAAUAGUAAUGAUGCGCAGAUAGGUCUUUAUUUCAUUGUGCGCAGCGAAGCACUCGCUUUAAAAAAUAAAGUUAAUGAGUCAAUUGAUUGCUUAUAUACAUCUAGAAAAAUAAUUGAGCGAUCAUUGGGGCCAAUAUCAAAUGAGCUUGCUUUAAUAGACAGAAAUAUGGCAUUUCUAUACUUAAAAUUUGGAAUGGCGAAAGAGUCUAUAGACGCCUUUGAGCGUGCUAUCCAUGCUUUGCAAACUUUAAAAAUUUUUGAUGAGAGCCUUAUAGAGCUUUAUAGGAAUCUAGCCUACCUUUACAAACGAAUAAAUAAUUUAAAAAAAUCUGACUCCUCCCUCUAAAUUUGAACGAAAUAUUGAUAAAGAUUCUAUUUUUGAGUUUUUUAGUGGAAAAAAUUUUUAUAGGUGAGAAUACUAAGUUUUAUGAAAUUAUUUUGGUAUAUUUUAUGAAUACUAUUUAAACAGUUUUCAGACGAAUCAACUAAUUUUUUGAAUUAACUCUUAAAAUUUAUUUAUAUAAAAUUUAAUUAUAAUUUUUUUUUAAAAAAAAUACCCUUUAAAAUUUAAACAAAUAUUUUUGGUCGGGAGUAAAGAAACUAUAGAAAAAGGAGCAGAAGCCGUUAAAAAGAUGAAAGGAGAUAAGAAAAAACUUCUCGCAAUAUACUAUAAUUUUGUAGGAUAUGAUUUUAAAGUUUUAGGAGAUAUAGAAACAAGCAAGGAAUGCAUUCAUAAAUCAUUAUAA